GCAAAGUGUUAGUUUCUGCUAUAGGCAAGAACCAUGUAUUGAAUUGAGCCUCUGUAUGAUCGAUGGAUGAGGUGAAGAAGGACCUGCACGAUGCUCAGGAAGAUUCACGCAAUAUUUCACCCCAACUCCCGCAGGAGAAGCCUGUCCGAUGGAAUCCCUACUUUUGAUGGCUCUGCAGUCCGGUUGAUCCGUAGCACCUCUAUGUAUGUGCUUGGAGAUGAGGAUAACAAAUUCAGUGAGCCUUUGAAAAAAAGCAAAAGUACCACCAGCCUGGAUUCAGUUGCCUGCCUCCAUCUGAAGGAAGAAGAACGGGCAUGGAUGUACUCAAAGACUCAAGACUGUUUGCAGUACUUGCAAGAUUUGCUAGCUUUGAGGAAAAAAUACAUUGAGAGCAUCAAAGAUCUGAAGUCCAGUGACAGGGCAUCUGAUAUUUCCUCAGUGUCUACAAAAUCUUCCAAAACAAGGCAAAAGUCACCAGCCACGCCUCCACCAAUACAGUCUUCCAAGAUCUCAGCAGAGAGAAAAGCCUCCCAGCUCAAUUCAGACGUAACCGAGGCAAUAGCUUAUUUUGACUCAAUUAUUGCCGAGCUAGAUGCAGAAAGGCAUCGGAAAAUUGUGGUGAGGGAUCAUCCGCCACACGCAGAUGUUGAUUUUGAUGUCAUUGCGAGCUCACGGGAGCACAGCUUGCAUUCCAACUGGAUUCUACGUGCCCCUCGGAGAUGUUCCCAAGACACUGUCCAAGGAGGAAAGACGACAAGCCAAUCGGAGAGAAACAGCCAUGGAAGAACAAUUUGCUCCAGAAAGAAACUAGAAAGAUACCCAAUAUAUUUACCUAAGGCUGUGGAGGGAGCAUUCAAUACUUUGAAGUUUAAACCCAAAGUGUGCCCGAAAGUACUGCUCUGAUCUGGAAGUAAAAUGAAAUGCCCAGUGUGGAGUUCCUUACAUAUGAGGGCAGACUAAACAAUCAAGGGCCUUUAUGCUUAAUUAGGGUUUAUUUUUGCAUGAAACACUUGACGUAGUAGCUAUCUUUUUGAUACAUAUGGCUCACAGUUCUUCCCUUAAGAUUGCACUUCAACAGAAGGGGCCCUGAACUUCCUAAAUGCAGUAUUUUAUAGGCUGGAAACUGUGACAUUCCCUGCUCCCACCCCGCAAAUCACACAUCUGUUUCUAACUGUCCUUACCAUGUAGAAUUUAAUAGUACAGGUGUCACGAUGACCUCUUGGACCUUUCCGGUUAUGUUGUGAGAUAUGGGCAAGACAACACCUCCUUCCUCGUGGUCAUACAAUUUUGUCAACUUUGUUUAUAUUGUGGUGUGUGUGUGUGUUUUAAAAAAAGUAUUUGAUGGCCAACCAUGCAAUACCCAGCUAAACAACCCUAAAACUGGAACACCCAUCUAGGAUUUGUUUUUUAAGUGGCAAAGAGCAGCCG